UUAAGUCUUUGUCCAGCCUCAUUUAAAACAUUUUUGUUAAUGGUGUAAAAGUUGUCAGGUCUACAUAUUCAAUUUUAGUUCUAUUUAUACAACUUCUUAAGGCUUGUUAGAAGCCUAGAGCUGAACUAGCAAGUAAACUCCUCCUCCUACUAUGGAAAACCCUUUUCAUGAGUUCCAUGUCCACAAACUAAGGGCCACUCUUAACAUUACAUACUCCCUUUUCUAUUUUUUAGCCUUAACAUUCAUUUUCUACUACAGAUCAGCAGCUUUUUUCUUGAAAAAAGCUACUGGUGUACUAUUUGCAGCUGAGCUUGUUUUCUCAUUCCUGUGGGCCAUCAAGCAACCCAUGUAUUGGCGCCCCAUUACUCGCACCGUCUUCCCUGAAAAGCUUCCAAAAGAUGAAAAACUUCCAGGAAUUGAUGUCUUAAUAUGCACUGCUGAUCCUAACAAAGAGCCUACUUUUGAAGUUAUAAACACUGUUAUAUCUGCUAUGUCAUUGGAUUACCCUGCUCAUAAACUGAGUGUUUAUUUAUCUGAUGAUGCUGGUGCAUCUGUUACUUUGAAUGCUAUGAAACAGGCUUGGGUAUUUGCAUCUUGGUGGUUGCCCUUUUGUAGGAAGUAUCAUCUUAAAACUAUAUGUCCCCAAGCCUAUUUUCAGAACCCAGAAGAUCAGGAGGAAUCAUCAUGUCAGACUAAUGAUAUGGACUUUGUACAACACAGUAUGUUACUAGAGGAGAAAUAUGAGGCUUUCAAGCAGCAAGUACGUAGCAACAAAUUAAGCGGUGAUGUUGACAACAAUAACAACACUUCUCGAGAUCAUCCACCACUUGUUCAGGUGAUAAAUGAGAAUUGUAUAGAAGAUGGUGCUGUAACCUUGAAUCCAGAAGCAGGAGAGAUGCCUCUUCUCGUAUAUGUUUCUCGUGAGAAAAGACCUUCUCAUCCACAUUGCUUCAAGGCUGGAGCUCUUAAUGCACUAUUGAGAGUUUCUAGCAUAAUGAGCAAUUCUCCUUACACACUAAUCCUAGACUGCGACAUGUACUGCAACGACUCCAUCUCAGCCCGCCAAGCUAUGUGUUUUUUCAUCGAUCCCAAGAUUUCUUCAUCGUUAGGCUGGGUUCAAUUUCCUCAAAAGUUCCAUAACAUAAGUGAUACUGACAUUUAUGACAGUCAACUCAGAGUAACAUGGCCGGUGUAUUGGCCCGGGGCAGAUGGACUUCAGGGACCAUGUAUAAUUGGUACAAAUGUGUACAUAAAAAGAAAGGUCUUGUACAGCAUCAACAUUACUACUGAUGAUGGUAUAAACCUAAAGGAAGUAAGAAGCUCUUUAGGCCCUUCCAAUGAAUUGACAAAUUCUGUCGUUCAAAAUGACAAGCUUAACAAGACAGUCAAGGAUAAAGAGGUUUCCUCUGUUAUGGUACAAGAAGCUCACUUCUUAGCCUCUUGCACCUAUGAAAAGGGAACAAUGUGGGGUCAAAAGGUUGGUUUUUGUUAUGGCACCAUAGUCGAAGAUGCGAAGACUAGUAUUAGGUUGCAGAACAAAGGGUGGAGAUCAAUUUACUUGAAUCCAACAAGGCCACAAUUCCUAGGUUCUGCAACUACUAGUCUAAAUGAAAUGUUGGUCCAAGGCAUAAGGUGGUAUGGUGGUUUACUUGAUCUAUGUCUAUCCAAGUAUUGUCCCCUUAUUUACAGACCAUCAAGAAUGCAAUUUCUUCAGAAGAUGUAUUAUUCCUGGAUGGUACUCUUGGCUCUUGAUUUCAUACCGGUUUUGUGUUUUGCUAUCAUUCCUCCCAUCUGUUUCCUGUAUGGUAUCCCUGUCUACCCUAAGUUAUCAGAUCCUGGGUUUGUAGCAUUUGCUUUUGUUUUCGUAUCAACCCAGCUAAAGCAUCUAAGUGACGUGGUAGUUUAUAGCGGGGGAUCAGUAAGUGCGUGGGUGAAUGAACAAAGGACAUGGAUGGCUAAGUGCCUGUCAUGCUAUCUUUAUGGAACUAUUGUAUGUAUCAUCACAAAACUCGGCCUUCACGAGGCAACUUUCACACUUACUGAUAAACUACAAGGUGAUACCACAAAUUGGUAUGACAAGGGGAUUUAUGACUUCAGGACAUCCAAGAUGUUUCUAGUUCCUAUUGUAACGGCAGUGAUCUUAAACCUGUGUUGCUUUAUUGGUGGAGUUGCAAGAUUGAUUGUUAUCAGAAAUUGGGAUGCCAUGUUUGGUCAAAUGCUGUUUUCAUUGUAUGUGUUGGUUAUGGGUUUCCCGGUGUUAGAGGGCGUGUUGCUUAGGAAAGACAAUGCGCGUAUUUCAGUAUCAGCGAGUAUGGUGUCUACUAUUUUAUCUCUGUUACUUUUGAGCUUAGGGUACUUAAUCCUCCGGCAUUAGAUGAUUUCUAGUCUAGAAGUCUGCAGUAAUAAGUAAUUACUACUACAAUUAGUAAGUCUAUUUAUUUUUAUUUACGGAGUACUUUGUACAAGGAAUAUAUUUGGAAGUGAGGCAGCAGAUUCCUUGGACCUGGAAUAUGAAGAAUACGUAAUCAAUGAUGAAUGAUCUUAUUCUUUGAGGGAAAGACAAACAAGGCAAGCACUCAGCAGUCAGCAGUCCACAAUACUGUUUUCUUUUGCUAAGUGUCAAACUCUUUUUUUUUUGGGUAAGAAAGUGUCAAACUCAAUCUUUAUUGUAUUUUUUUUUUGGUGUUAGCACCCGGUUCACCCUUAGGGCUAAUCCGGAUUCGGGGCGAGUUCUGGGUGGUUAGGUUCCAUUCCCCUCCCAAUUGUUGUUGCGGGGGAUCGAACACGGGUUCUCCCUACCAAGUUCAGCCCCAUUCACCACUGAACCAACAAUCAAUUGGUGUUUAUUGUAUUUUAUAAUAAUGAAUAAUAAAUAAUGGUCCAUAUCUUGUUUUUGGA